UGUCCAAAAACAGGUGGACAAAUCUUCAACGACAUCGUAUUUCGGACCGAGUCCUCGCACCCAUUAUUCAAGUCUAUAAAACCCUAUUAGUCCUCUUUCAUUUUCUUCUUCCCCGUGGCACCCGUCUUCGCUGUCUUCCCUAGGAGGAUCCUUCAGGCCGGCGUUCUUCUGUGGAAUUAUUUUAUUUUCCAAGAUGAAUCAUUUUAGUCUUCAGCAGAGCGCCAUGACAGCCUGUGAAGAGACAAGAAACUUAGUGUUGAUCUCUGAUCACAGAGGUCCAGUUUUUUGUCCUAAGCCUCGACGGGUUGGUGUUCUGGCUAACAAAUUGAGUAGGCCUUUGAGACCUCACAUAAGCCACCAUGCUGAGGUGUAUGAUUCGAGAGCCGGAGCAGAUAUUCUGGAUCUGAUUAUUCCAAAGGAUAGCUUUGUGUUGGACCAACCAGAUAACCAGGUGACUUCAUCACCCCCACCAUUUUUUUGUGGGUCACCUCCAAGCAGGGCUGCCAACCCACUGAUUCAAGAUGCCCUAUUUGGAGAGGAUAAACUUGGUCCUAUCUCGACACUGCAAGUUCCAUCUCCAUCAGGACCAUCAUCACCAUCAUCAGCAGCACGUAAAGGAGGUUGCGCUAGAAUGACAUUCGGGCUUAAACCCGCUGCUGUUAGAGUAGAAGGAUUUGACAGCCAUGGCAGGGAUCGCCAGAAUUCCCGCAUCUCUGCCAUGGCUUAGAACUUUACAAAGGAAAGUGUACAUAGAAGGAAGCUAAAUGCCGCUGCAGACUUGACAAGACAGGGUUUUGAAUCUUUUUGAGAAGAGAGUAGAUAUCUUCUAGUGGGUAAUAUGUAUAUAUGAUCUGUUUGCUUGUGAUAUUCCCGAUCACAAUUCUGUAAUUAGUUUGAUUGAACAAAGGGGGGUUAAAAUCAAAACCUUUAGGGUUCUUACUUGGAAAGGCGUCAACAUGUUGAGAGAGCUUGUUUCAUUUGUAAUAUAAGGAAAGAUGGCUUAGUAUUGGAAGGUUUUUGAUAAUCUUUGGGCAUCACCCUUACAUUUAUGUAUAUAGAGCAACUUGGUGAUUUUUAGGUCUAUGUACCUUGUAUAAAAUUGUCGUUAAUAAAUUA